GCUGCCACUGUAUGUGUGCCUGUGCUGCGGCUCUGGCUGUGCUGCCACAGUGGUGGAAUGAGAGAGAUUUGUGUGAUGUGUCGUUAGGUCGAAACGGUCGAGUCGGGUCGGGUCGUGUACCUUUUGCCACGAAUGUUUUGCCAGUCAGGCUCUAAAAGGCCUUACGAGAACAGCUGAGAUUUUGCUGCUCGCAUGACGCGCAUUUUUAAAAAGAUAGAAAAAUUUUUGAGAAAUUUUAUAUAUUUUCCAAGUGCCGCAAGCGAGCUAACAAAUUUCAUUUACUUAUAUUUAUUCGUGUGUGUUGAGAAUGAUAUAAAAUCAAAGCAAAUAAAUUGAAUAAAAAUAGAAAAUAAAAAACGCAAAAGUGUUUUUCGUGCUGUGUAAAAUGUGCAGAGCAAUAAUCAAAUAAUUAUAAAUAUAAAUAAUUAUUAUCAUAAUUAUUGCAACGAAAAAUUCAACAAAAAAAUAAAUACUUCGCAAAAAGUGCAAGAGAUAAAUUCGAAAAAAAGAAAGAAAAAAAAUAUUCAAAGAAAAUUAAUUGUUUGAAAAAAGAAAUAUUUUGAAUUGGCGACUUUCUGCGUUGUGACCCAAGUGUGCCCAAGUGAGGACCGUGCAAAGUGUAUUCCAGCGGUUAUUCCACGUGUUCCGAUCCGGCCGCCAAAAUUAUUACGCACAAUUCCCUGAGCGUGUACGGUGGCGGCGUCAUGUGCGCCUCACCGUCCACAGCUCCCGGCUUCUUCAAUCCGCGCCCGCAAUCCGGCGCAGAGCUGUCCGCCUUCGACCUGGGCCUCUCGCGCUCCAUGACGCUGGGCGUGCCGCCGCACAGCGCUUGGCAUGAUCCAAAUUUGGGCGGCCAUCUGCAUGCCUCGGCCGGACCCGGCUCGCUGGGUGGCACCGGCAGCAGCGGUGGCGGCGGCGGCGGCGGCACCACGCCCAGCAGUGUGGCCAGCCAACAGUCGUCGGGCAUUAAACAGGACCUGUCCGGCCUGAGUGCCUCCACAGCGAAUCUCAACCAAAGCGCGCAUCAUGUCAUCAAGGAGGAUCUGUCCAGUUUGCCCAGCGCCAAUGGCGGCUCCACAUCCGCUCAUCACACAAGCUCCGGUCAAUCCGGUCAUGGUGCAGAUAUGGUUCCCAUCAUCAAGGGUUCACAGUCGGCCAGCUGUUUGGGCGGCAGUACCGGCGGUGGUGGAGGCGGAGGCGGCAGCACCACGCCCAGUUCCCAGGCGAACAGCUCACAUUCGCAGAGCAGCAACAGCGGAUCACAGAUUGACUCCAAGCAGAACAUCGAGUGCGUUGUCUGCGGCGACAAGAGCUCCGGCAAGCACUAUGGACAAUUUACCUGUGAAGGCUGCAAAUCGUUCUUUAAACGCUCCGUGCGACGCAAUCUCACAUACUCAUGUCGAGGCAGCAGAAACUGUCCGAUAGAUCAACAUCAUCGCAAUCAAUGCCAAUAUUGCCGAUUGAAAAAGUGCCUCAAAAUGGGCAUGCGACGCGAAGCUGUUCAACGUGGCCGCGUACCGCCCACACAGCCCGGCUUAGCGGGUAUGCACGGCCAGUAUCAGUUGGCCAACGGCGAUCCAAUGGGCGUGGCUGGCUUCAAUGGGCACUCGUACCUCAGUUCCUAUAUCUCGCUGCUGCUGCGUGCGGAACCGUAUCCGACAUCCCGAUACGGCCAAUGUCUGCAGCCGAACAACAUUAUGGGCAUUGACAACAUCUGCGAGCUGGCCGCGCGGCUGCUCUUCUCGGCGGUUGAGUGGGCCAAGAAUAUACCCUUCUUUCCGGAACUGCAGGUGACCGAUCAGGUGGCACUGUUGCGCCUCGUCUGGUCCGAGCUGUUCGUGCUGAAUGCGAGCCAGUGCUCGAUGCCGCUGCAUGUGGCGCCACUGCUGGCUGCCGCCGGUCUGCAUGCCUCGCCGAUGGCAGCGGAUCGUGUGGUUGCCUUCAUGGAUCACAUACGCAUCUUCCAGGAGCAGGUGGAGAAGCUGAAGGCGCUACAUGUCGAUUCGGCCGAGUACUCCUGCCUCAAGGCGAUCGUGCUCUUCACCACCGGUAAGUUGCUGGACAUCCUGUACAAGGAUGUGCCCGCACUGCUAACCAAAGUUUCAGCUCUGCUUGGCAAGCGAGCGGCGUCUGUGGGCGACGUUGGUGGCGCCACCGCCACCGCUGACUGCACCAAUGAUGAAGUGCUCAGCGUGGUGCGUGAGCAUCUCGACGACCUCAAUCGCCAGGAGUUUGAGUCGCAGCUGCAGCAGGCGCCGCUGCACUUGGCCACCUUCAUGAAGAGCGUGGCUGGCGUAGAGGCUGCAGUGCAGCAGGCGGAGCAACAACAGCAACAACAGCAGCAGCAGCAACAACAACAUCCGCUACUCUCAAUUGCUCAGCAUGAGUCCAAGCCAAUUGCUAGCUCUGUGCCUGUUGUGCCCUCCGCCAGCAGCGCUUUCAGCACCUGCGCCAAGUCCAAUGUCGGCGAGGUCGAUCUGCUCGCUGCGCUCUAUGCCAGCUCCAAUGGCAAUGGUGAGAGCAGCGCCACCAGCACCAAUAACAGUCACAAUAACAGCAGUGGCCUGGGCGCUUCACUUCCCACUCAAUCCCAAUCCCACUCCCAAUCUCACUCGCAGAGCGCAUCAUCCUCUCUCAGUUUGACGGCCUCGCCAGUGAGUGCCGUCGCAGCCACUGCCGCCUCAGUGGUCAACACGCUGACCACCACCUCGAGCAGCUCGCUGGCUGGAGCAUAUCAGACGUCGGGCCAUCAGCAACAGCAGGCGGCUGCCGCGGCGGCCAUGUUCUAUCAGACGCCGCCCCGCACCGCCUUCGGUUCAGCCUUUGAUAUGUUCCACCACAGCACGCCCUUUGGUGUUAGCCAUGCGGCGGCAGCGGCUGCGGCAGCUGCACAUUCUGGCAGCGGUGGCAGCUUUGGUAGUCCCAGCUAUAGAUACUCGCCAUACAGCCUCGCGGGCAGUAGAUGGCAGUUGUAGACCCAUCAGUCUCUCAGUUAAUCAGACAAUCGAAGCCCAGUUCUUGAUAGCUCCUAGUCGAUUGCCUUAGGUUAGCUACUCUAACUGUAACUGUAACUGUAACUUAUGUAUCUACAAAGUACACGUACUUAAUUAUGUAUCUACCCGUAUGUAAAGUUAUAUUUAGUGCCUAUUUCAUAUGUAUUUAUUGCCUUAAACUAAGUCUAAUUUAUUCUAGCGCUAAUUUAGUUUAGAAUCUGUUCCAAAAACAAAACAUUACCAAAUAUGAACAAAA